UGAUCGUUCAUGAUUAGCUGGAGCUCUUCUUUUUCUUUUACCAGCAACUGGGUUGCUAGUUCCUUUUUUUCCAUCUGCACUUGAUGCUGCUUUUGCUCUCUCUUGAGCUUUUCUACCUGUUUCCUCUUGAGAUCUUCCAGCUCCCUCCUGUGCUCCUCCUGCAUCCUCUUUAGCUCCUCUCUGAUAUUUUCUCGCUCUAUUUUGGCUUCAUCACACUCUCUCCUGACAUUGCGUUGCUCCUGUUUGUUAUCUUCUCGCUCUUUCUCAAUGGCUCGGACUAAGUCAAGUUUACUCAUUUCAAGGUGUUCUGUCGAAGUCUCUGUUUUUGCAGACUGCAAGAGAGCCAGCAUGGCUUUGACUUCAGGCCUUUUCGUAGCGAUGUCAUGAAGGCACUGCUCUACUGCUUCAAUCAGACUCUCAUGACCCUUCACCACCUCACGCAACUCCUUUAGGAAGGGGUCUCGACGCUUUACUUCAGAGCGGAAAACAGGCUCCCCCUCCUCGGUUGAUUUUACGGGUAAAGGCUCAGGAAACUUUUGUAUCAAAGUGAAAAGGGCCAAAACACCAAAGGAGAACAUAUCAAGGGAUUUCUCAUACGUUUUUCCUUCUGAUUCAGGGGGCAUGUAGGAUGGAUUUCCUGGCCUCCUGGUUAGUUGAUUUUCUCCAUCAGGAAUGAGGCGGGCCAUGCCGAGAUCGGCUAUCUUGGCGACCAUCGCUGAAUUGAGGAGGACAUUUGGUGCGGUAAGAUCACGGUGAAUGAUGGGAGGAGUCUGAGCAUGAAGGAAAUGAAGACCCGAAGCUACAUCGUGAAGGAUGGAGAAUUUGAGACCAAGUGGAAUACUUGUGGGUGACUGGUCGAGCAUAGAAUGCAGAUCGAUAAAAAGCUUCUCUGUUGCCAGACCGAGGGUAGGGGUGCCUCGGACGACAAUCUCGCACACUCCGAGAAAUUGCACAAUGUGCGGAUGGCGCAAGCGGCUUAUCACUUUACACUCUCGGAGAAACUUAUCCUGUAUUAGUUCGGGGCUCUGCCAGUCUCUAUCCUGCCUUGAAAACACAUCGUGUACCCUUUUCACAGCGCAAACCGCCCCAGGAAUCACCGCCUCUAGUACCACGCCAUACGAACCCCUCCCUAGUUCAGGACGGUCGGUGAGCUUCACAGGGCACUGGAGUUGGACUGAUACCAGGUCGAAAUCGGGACCACCUCCAACGGACAUUUUACGGUGCGACGAACGAAGAUAGGCUAUGCCCGCUACUAGUAGAGACUGGGCGUUCCCCACAGGGUAUAUAGAAGGGGGCGAAACCUUAUAGAGCGCCUGCGCCAGCGCUAGUGUGCGCGUUCUCAAAUCGGGCAGCAUGGUCUAGCUAGCUACAUAGUUCUGUGUGGUUGCACGGGCUGCGACUGCUGCAGUUCCUGGCUCUGUGGCUGGGCUGCAGGAUUCACAGUCUGUCCGGCGACUCCCGCCGCCAGAGCGGCCGCCUGACUGUACAGAGCCUCCAGCUCCGCCCUGUUCUUGGCCUGGGCCGCGGCCAGCUCCGAGAUGUGCUGCGUGCACGAGUCGUUGACGCUCGAGAAGUCGUUGAGGAUUAGGAACUCUUUCAGAUCCGACACCAGCUUCGAUAGAUUUUCGGCCGCGCGAACCUAAAUGGGUUAGAGCUCUCUGUACGACUGAGAAAGGACAAGGACUAGUACGCUUACGAUGUUCGCUGCUCUAACUUCGAUUUCAUGCUCUACAUGAGCCACUUGCACCUCCGCGGCUUUCUGCUGCUCCUCUUCUGAUACCUACAAAACGCGUUGGUGCUUGCUUUUGAGCGUUCUGUGAAUGAAAGCCCGACCUUGGCUGCUUUGAGCAUUUCUCCAUAGUUCUCCAAUAUGGCCUUCACGUUUUCCCUCAGUUUUCUCGUGUAAGAAGAGAUGUGCCCCUGGUCUUUCUUCGCCGACAUUGUUAUGGUGGGCUCGUAUUAGAGAAAAACGCUCCGCGCAAAAAAAAUUUGACUGGACGUCCACGUGCGUUUCUCCCGUUCUCCCGGUCAGCUCGAGCGGGUGCGGUUGUGUUAAAGAUGCCGCCCAGACAGAAGGUAAAGCGGACAAAGAAGGUCGCCGCUGCGCCGUUCGUGGCCAAGCAGCCGCCAAAGAAAGAGGUGAACCCUCUCAUCGAGAAGAGACCCAGGAACUUUGGCAUCGGCGGUAACAUCCAGCCGAAGAGAGACCUGACGCGUUUCGUCAAGUGGCCAAAGUACAUUCGCCUCCAGAGACAGAAGCAGGUCCUCUACCAGCGGCUGAAGGUCCCUCCAUCUAUCAACCAGUUCACCCAGACCCUCGACAAACAGACAGCUACGCAGUUGUUCAAACUGCUGCACAAGUACCGGCCGGAGACAAAAGUACAGAAGAGAGAGCGACUGAGGGCCGUGGCGGUGAAGAAGAGCGAAGGUGGAGAUGUGACUCCCGGGAAGAAACCAAUCACCAUCAAGUAUGGGAUCAACCACAUCACAACUCUAGUGGAACAGAAAAAAGCACAACUGGUGGUCAUUGCUCACGAUGUCGACCCUAUUGAGAUUGUGGUGUUUCUUCCAGCUCUCUGUAGGAAGAUGGGUGUUCCAUACUGUAUCAUCAAGGGAAAGGCAAGACUAGGGACACUGGUGCACAAGAAGACAGCCACUGCUAUUGCAGUCACUCAAGUGAAAAAUGAGGAUAAGGGUAGUCUCAACACACUGCUAGAGGCGGUGAAGACCAACUACAACGAGAGGUAUGAUGAGAUCAGGAAGAGGUGGGGCGGAGGAGUCAUGGGGCGAAAGGCUCAGGACGCCAAGGCCAAGCAGGAUAAGAUCAAAAUGAGAGAAAUGGCGUCAAAGAUGACCGCAUAGGACGAGCUAGUGAUGCGUGUAUUAUAAUGUCACCUGUGUUGUACAGAGCAAAUUUUGACUGACAAAUUCAAGCUGAAAACAUAAA